UAGACUUUCAGCAACUCUUUUUAUUUGCAUGCACAUCUAUUCACUUUCAGCUGUAGACAAAGGACACUAUUUUCAGCUAAGUUUGUUAUUUUUGCUUAUUUUAUUAUUGCUUAUUUUAUUAUAUUCCACGAAGCACAUUCUGCGAUGAACAUAUUCCCUGAUGCACAUAUUCCACAAUACAUAUAUUCCACGUUGCACAUAUUCCAUGAAGUGCAUUCCACGAUGCACAUAUUCCAUAAAGCACAUUCCCCCGAUGCAUAUAUUCCACAAAGCACAUUCCCCGAUGCACAUAUUCCACGAUGCACAUAUUCCACGAUGCACAUAUUCCACGAAGUACAUUCUGUGAUGCAUAUAUUCCACGAAGCACAUUCUGCGAUGCACAUAUUCCACAAUACAUAUAUUCCACAAAGCACAUUCUGUGAUGCACAUAUUCCACAAAGCACAUUCUGUGAUGCAUAUAUUCCACGAUGCACAUAUUCCACGAUGCACAUAUUCCACGAAGUACAUUCUGUGAUGCAUAUAUUCCACGAAGCACAUUCUGUGAUGCACAUAUUCCACAAAGCACAUUCUGUGAUGCAUAUAUUCCACGAAGCACAUUCUGUGAUGCAUAUAUUCCACAAAGCACAUUCCCCCGAUGCACAUAUUCCAUGAAGCACAUUCUGCGAUGCACAUAUUCCCUGAUGCACAUAUUCCACAAUACAUAUAUUCCACAAAGCACAUUCCCCGAUGCAUAUAUUCCACGAAGCACAUUCUGCGAUGCACAUAUUCCACGAAGCACAUUCUGUGAUGCAUGUAUUCCACAAAGCACAUUCCCCCGAUGCACAUAUUCCAUGAAGCACAUUCUGCGAUGCACAUAUUCCCUGAUGCACAUAUUCCACAAUACAUAUAUUCCACAAAGCACAUUCCCCGAUGCAUAUAUUCCACGAAGCACAUUCUGCGAUGCACAUAUUCCACGAAGCACAUUCUGUGAUGCAUAUAUUCCACAAAGCACAUUCCCCCGAUGCACAUAUUCCAUGAAGCACAUUCUGCGAUGCACAUAUUCCCUGAUGCACAUAUUCCGCAAUACAUAUAUUCCACGUUGCACAUAUUCCACAAAGCACAUUCUGUGAUGCACAUAUUCCACAAAGCACAUUCCCCGAUGCACAUAUUCCACGAAGCACAUUCUGUGAUGCACAUAUUCCACAAAGCACAUUCCCCGAUGCAUAUAUUCCACAAAGCACAUUCUGUGAUGCACAUAUUCCACAAAGCACAUUCCCCGAUGCAUAUAUUCCACGAAGCACAUUCUGCGAUGCACAUAUUCCCUGAUGCACAUAUUCCGCAAUACAUAUAUUCCACGUUGCACAUAUUCCACGAAGCGCAUUCCACGAUGCACAUAUUCCACAAAGCACAUUCCCUGAUGCACAUAUUCCACAAUACAUAUAUUCCACGUUGCACAUAUUCCACGAUGCACAUAUUCCCUGAUGUACAUAUUCCGCAAUACAUAUAUUCCACGUUGCACAUUCUGCGAUGCACACAUUCUGCAAUGCAUAUCUUCCAUGAAGUGCAUCCUACGAUGCACAUAUUCCGCGUUGCACACAUUCCGCGUUACACAUAUUCCACGAAGCACAUUCCACAAAGCACAUUCUGUGUUGCACAUAUUCCGCGUUACACAUAUUCCACGAAGCACAUUCCACAAAGCACAUUCUGUGUUGCACAUAUUCCACGAAGCACAUUCCACAAAGCACAUUCUGUGUUGCACAUAUUCCGCGAUGCACACAUUCCACGAAGCACAUUCCAUGUUGCACAAAUUAUUCCACGAUUCGUUUCACUAAAGCAGCUAAAUCCAUUUGCAUAUCUUUUUGAAUGUUCCUUAUUAUUAUUAUUCAUAUUUUGAAUGUACAUUUUUUUUUGUUCACUUUGAAAAUGUUUGUAUUGUUGCAUAGACACACGCAUGCACCUUUCUUCACAGCCUUGCGCAUGCAUCUGCACACUUGAUUCAUACACACACAAAUGCUAUCUCUGCACAUUCAUGCACUACACAUGCCUUUCUCUCUAACGGGAAAUAAAUAUCUCCUUAAAACUUCAUGCAUUUUUCCUCUUUCACAUCCUGCAUUAUGCAAUUAUAACAACAAAUUUUUAUCGUCAGAACUACUGACGAUCGACACAUCAUAAUAUUGCAUGCCUGAUCAAUUUCUACCAUUAAAAACAAAUUGGUUUGAAAAUUUGAUUUUUGGUGGAAUUCUCGUUUAAGAACCCCAUAUGACCCCUCAUAACCUUUUUUAGCUUUUUGGAAUUUAAAAAUAAAUUCAGUACAUUUCCAGUAAAAUAUUCAAAAAUAUAGUUUUUUAAUUCUGUAUUUCAGCUUAUGUAGAGAAACUAAAUUCCUUUUCUUGCUUGUAUUUCAAUAUUUUUAUCCCCAUAAAAACAUUUAUGCUAUUAAAACAAAUUGGUUUUAAAAUUUGAUUUUUGGUGGAAUUCUCGUUUAAGAACCCCAUAUGACCCCUCAUAACCUUUUUUAGCUUUUUGGAAUUAAAAAUAAAUUCAGUACAUUUCCAGUAA